AUGGAUCAGAAAAUUGAGAGAAGGCCACACAGACAACAAAGCCCCAAUAACAGCAAGCCCAAGAAGAAGGGCCCACUAAAAGUCGUCCACAUAGCAAACCCCAUCAAGUUCACGGCCACUGCCUCCGAAUUCCGGGCCCUCGUCCAGGAGCUUACGGGCCAAGACUCCGGCCCGCCGGAUUCCGCCGGGCCCGCGGCGGUUCGUGGCGGAUCGGGCCGCCGUGGAGCGGAGGAAGGGCCGACAAAGGAGUUUGGUGUUUGCGAAGGGGUCCAAAACGGGUCGGGUCAAGUGGGAUUUGAAUCGGGUUACGAAUACGGGCAUGAUGGGCUUUUCGACCCGGUCAAGAUGGACGAUAGCUUUCAGGGGCUAAUGGCUUCUGGGUUUUGGAAUGAAGGUGCAGAUGAUAUAUCUUGA